AUGUGGGUUGCCAAUUAUGAAGAUGAAGAGCGGUUACUAUGGGGUGUGGUGUUUUAUCAACGUGGGAGUAUUGUGGUUUAUGGUAUAUUUUUAAGAAAUGGAGGAGGGGGAUGCAGGGAAGAAGAAGGGAAAAUUUCCAACAAUUGGGUCCAUCAACAACAAAUUGUUGUUGGUAGCUCUGGACCCUUGAUUAAAUUGUUUUCCAAGAAUGUUGAGCCUGUUCUAAGAUAUAGAUACACAUACACAUAUGUAACAUUGGGUUAUAUGUCAACAAUGUCGUUUGUGCGUUGCUAUCUAUUUGAGUCAAAUAUGCGUAUAUUCUUGCUUCACGUUGAAUGCAUCUGUUCUUCUUGUGCUUCUUCUGAGGGUUACCUAGUUUAUGAAUGCAAUCAGAGAUGCUGCUGCAGUCAAACUUGUCAGAAUAGGGUUUUGCAAAAUGGAGUGCAAGUGAAGUUGGAAAUAUUCAAAACAGAGAAAAAGGGUUGGGCAGUAAGGGCAAGAGAAGCAAUACUUCGAGGCUCCUUUGUGUGUGAGUAUAUUGGGGAGAUCAUAGAUGAACAAGAAGCAAACAACAGAUGCAAUAGGUAUGACAAAGAAAGUUGCAGGUAUUUUUAUGAGAUCGAUGCUCACAUUAAUGACGUGAGCAGAUUGAUAGAUGGGCCUGUUCCAUAUGUGAUUGAUGCAACAAAUUAUGGAAACAUUUCACGUUUCAUUAAUCACAGGUGUGGGAUUUUUUUAUUUUUUAUUUUAAAAUUUUUUUUUUGGCUCUAUCUGAUCUGGAGUAUUUCUGGUAUAACUUUGUUUGUGUUCCACAUUAUCUGUGAGCAUUUCCAAUUUGAAGAGAAAUUUACUUUGUUUAUAUUUUUCUGAAGAAGAAAUUUAUAU